AUGGGCAUCUGGUUAGAUCUAUUAUUGGUAUCCUCUUGUGCGUCUACCGAUAGUUCUCCACCUAUAAUCCUCGACGCCGAACUCAUCGUGAGCCGCAGAGCUCUGGAUACGCUUCAUGCGGCGCUGUUGGGGGUGUGCUACUACCACUAUUCCGUCACACACUUCGCCGACUACGACGCUCUGAAACAGCCACAUUGGUCUCUGCUAGUUCAAGUAGGCGUAGGGACUGUCAUAACUCUACUCGUUCAAUGUUUCUACGCGUAUCGCAUCUACCGCCUUAGCAAAAGAGUGAUUGUACCUCUGGUCAUCGUUGCUCUGUCAGUUGGUCAAGAGGUCAUGGGCGGUAUAGUCUACAUGAUUCGAUCAUUUCAGGCCCAUAGGAUUGUACCAAAGAGUUCCCUACAAGGAGAUUCUGUUAUCUUUACCACUGCAGGACUUGCGUGCGAUGUUUGGAUCGCGACAAGCCGAAGUAGCCUCAUUUACGCGCCAUUCUUCUUCGUCAUGAUCCGCUUGUACAGUUGCUCGCUCAUGACUAUCAUGAAUGGCAGAGAGAACUUGCUUCGCACGCUGCGCAUGUCUGUGUCGAAGCCACGGAACUCGUCAUUGGCGGGUACUGGACCUCACAUAUAUGCAAGCGCUCCAAGAAGACACGAAGAUACAGACGUGGAAUCUAAACUACCGGAUCCUCUCGCAUCUCGUAUUGAGACCGUGAGGCCGUACGAUGGGAGUCAGUCAUCGUUGAGACCGCUCGACGACUUCCAGAUGACCAACUGGUCCGGCCCGUCCACGAUCACUGACGAGAGAUGCCAGGUCUGA